AUGCCCACCGCCACCUCUGCGUGGGGCCAGCCCAUGCAGCCACCCGCCUACAAUGCGGUCCAACCGCGAACCACACUCCAGCCUGCGUCUGCCUCAUCAAACACGCCGGCUGCCGCCAGCAAACCGAAGAAGGUCGAGUGGCCCCCUGCGGUGCGCGAUUAUGUCCGCCGUGCCUUCGAUCCCGAAAGCGCCAUCGCCGGCGUUUCAAGCCUAGAGAUGCAAACAAAAUUGAAAGAGACCAUCAGCUAUUACGCUGAACGGAACAUGCAAGACUCGAUCGACUGGACCACAUACCCCCUGCCUCAAGAGCUUAUCCAAGAAGAGCGCAGGAAAGCCGCACUGAUGUCGCCUACUAAUAACGGCUUCGCGAACGGCCUCUCUUCUCUUCAUCUCAACGGUGCAAACGCCCAAGCUAACUCAUCCCCAUCGACACUGAAGAAGCGCAAAUCACAAGACUCAGAAGAGCUUGCCCAGCAGACUCAGGCAAUCCUUCCGCCUUGGCGUAGAACUAACCUAGAAUCACGUAUGACUUUCGCCGAGGGACACAACGAGAAGCGCCAAAAGAAGAACGCCGCCUCUGACGCCUCAAGUAAGUUAGAACAGGCCGAACUGGAGAAGCGACGACAACGAUUCAACCUUGGCAAAGCCGGCAACAACAAGACACCACCAUGGGGAGCUUCAGCAAGGGACGAGGACGAGAUGCCUACUGGCCCUGUUGUCGGAACCAACACGGCUCUCGAGAAGAGCUACUUCCGUCUGACUGCACCGCCAAAGGCUGAGACCGUCCGACCUCUGCCUGUACUCGAGAAGACUUUGGCCAUGCUUACCAAGAAGUGGAGGGCCGAGAAGAACUAUAACUAUAUUUGCAAUCAGUUCAAGUCACUCCGUCAGGAUCUGACCGUUCAGCACAUCAAGAACGCCUUCACUGUAAAGGUCUACGAGAUCCAUGCCCGGAUAUCUUUAGAAAAGGGGGACACGGGUGAGUAUAAUCAGUGCCAAACGCAACUGAAGGCGCUGUACGCGCAGAACCUUGGCGGUAAUCCGGCUGAGUUCAAGGCCUACCGCAUCCUCUACUUUGUAUAUACGUGCAACAAGACCGACAUGAACGACAUGUUGGCAGAAUUAACCCCCGCAGACAAGACCCACGAAUGGAUCAAGCAUGCCCUCGACGUUCGCUCAGCAUUGGCACUCGGCAACUACCACAAGUUCUUCCGACUGUACCUUCAGGCACAGAACAUGGGCGGUUACUUGAUGGACAUGUUCAUCGAGCGUGAGCGACUCGUUGCUCUCGCUAACAUGUCUAGAGCUUACAUUAGUAUCACAUUGCGCUUCCUGACUGAUGAGCUCGGUUUCGACAACGAUGAAGUAUGCCGUGAAUUCCUCGAGUCGCAUGGCGCGCAAAACAUCAUCGAAGAGAAGUUCGACGAAAAGACCGGCAAGCAGUACCGGGUGAAGAUUCGCGAGGCUGCAGCGCAUUUCGAGCAACUGCGUGCCGCUGCAUUCAGCAAAGUAGACAUCAAGGGCCAGAUAUGA